AUGAAAGCGCUGAGCGGCGAGGCGCUGCGAGCCAAGACGAUCGAGUUCAAGCGACGGAUCUCCCCGAAGGGACCCGACGGCGCGCCCCCGUCCGAAACCCUGGACGACAUCCUCGUCGAGGCGUUCGCGGUCGUCCGCGAGGCGGCGCGACGCGAGCUCGACAUGCGGCACUUCGACGUCCAGCUCGUCGGCGGCGCGCUGCUCCACGACGGAUGCGUCUGCGAGAUGGCCACCGGGGAGGGAAAAACGUUAACCUCGACGCUCCCCGCCUACCUCAACGCGCUGACGGGCGAGGGCGUGCACGUCGUCACCGUGAACGACUACCUCGCGCGGAGAGACGCGGAGUGGAUGGGGCGCGUGCACAAAGCGCUGGGUCUGAGGGUGGGCGUGAUACAGCAGGACAUGGACGCGGAGGAGAGGCGGGACGCGUACGACGCGGACAUCACGUACGUCACGAAUCAGGAGAUCGGCUUCGAUUACCUCCGCGAUAACAUGGCGACCGAAGCGAGCGAGCUCGUGAUGCGACGACGGGUCAACUUCGCGAUCGUGGACGAGGUGGACAGCGUGCUCAUCGACGAAGGGAGGAACCCGCUGCUCAUCACCGGGCCGGCGACGGAGGGGGACGACGAGAUGCGAAAGUACGUCGUCGCGUCGGGCGUCGCGGCGCAGAUGCGAGAGGGGCUGGACUACACCGUGGACCGCAAGCAGAAGACCGCGGACCUCACCGAGCGCGGGAUGAUGGUCGCGGAGCAGCUUCUGGGGGUGGAGGACGUGUGGGACACGUACGACCCGUGGGGGCGGUACGUUUUACUCGCGGUGAAGGCCAAGGCGUUGUACCUGAGAGACGUGCAGUACAUCGUACGGGAAGGGCAGGUGAUGAUCGUGGACGAGAGCACGGGGCGCGUGCAGGCGAACCGGCGGUGGAACGAUAACAUUCACCAGGCGGUCGAGGCGAAGGAGGGCGUGGAGAUCAAGCGCGAGAACACGACCGUGGCGUCGAUAUCGUACCAGUGCCUGUUCAAGCUGUACGAGAAGCUGUCCGGGAUGACGGGCACCGCGUCCACGGAGGCGGAGGAGCUCUACACGACGUACGGGUUAAACGUGAUCACGGUCCCGACGCACCGGCCGAGCAAGCGGGUGGAUAAGCCGCACGCGAUGUUUCGAACCGCGGCGGCGCGGUGGAACGCGGUCGCGGACCUUGUCGUGUCGUGUCACUGGGAGGGGCGGCCGGUGCUCGUGGGGACGACGUCGGUGGAGCACUCGGAGUAUUUAUCGUCUCUGUUGUCCGAGUAUCGGUGGCGAGCCUCGGACGGGCGGCUCGUGCAGGGCGUCCCGCACAAGCUUCUGAACGCGCGGCCGCAGCUCGCGGCGAGGGAGGCGGAGGUGGUGGCGCAGGCGGGGCGCGAGCACGCGGUGACGAUCGCGACCAACAUGGCGGGUCGCGGCACCGACAUCUGCGACGCGGAAGCCGUGCACGUGCGCGAGAAGGGCGGGUUACAAGUCAUCGGCACCGCGCUGCACGACUCGCGGCGGAUCGAUAACCAGCUGCGCGGCAGAGCCGGGAGGCAGGGCGACCCGGGGAGCACGAUCUUCUGUCUGUCCAUGGAGGACGAGCUCAUGGCGAUCUACUGCCCCGGGUGGGCCUCGAGUUCGGUGUGGGACUGGAGCGGCAUGGACGAGGACAUGCCUCUGUACUCCUCCGUCGUGGACAACCAGCUCGCGUCGAUACAGGCCAACAUCGAGGACUUCCACGCGUCGCAUCGCACGAGCACGUACGAGACGGAUCGCAUCAUCGACGGGCAGCGCGACGCGAUUUAUAACGUCCGACGACGCGUGUUGCUCGAAGGGCAGCAGCCGUUGCGCGAGCGUCUGUUUCGCUACGUCGAGUGGAUCGUCGACGACGCGUGCGAACGCGCGGGCGUGGACGGCCUGCGCGCGAUCGAGGACUGGGACACGGCGUUGAUCGCCGGCGACGCGAUGCCGCUUCAGACGCCGCUCCCGGGCUUGGAGGCGAGGCCAGAAGUGAUCACCGCCGCGCUCCAGGGCGUCGAGAUCGUCGACAUGAACCCGCUGACGAACCCCGCGAAGGUGACGGACACGGAGCCGGAGGCGAGGGAGGAGGAGGUGGCGGCGCGCGUGGAGCGACGCAUGGAGUUCGCGCGCCUGUCGCAGAACUACGACCGCGCGGACUUGGAGUCCGUGGAGCGGGUGUGGGUGUUACGCGCCAUCGACGAGCGGUGGCAGAGGCACCUCGUGGAGAUGCAAGUGCUUCGAAACUCAGUCAACGUCCGCGCGUUCGGCCAGCUGGACCCGAUGGAGGAGUACAGGAUCGACGGCGCGCGGAGUUUCGUGGACAUGGUGCGAGACAUGCGACGCAAGACGCUCGCGCACGUGUUCUUCUUCGUCGGCAGCGCGGUGGAGCCCGUGAUGGAGUUUGACGAGGAAGAGGUGGAGAAGAGACGCGCGGCGGAGGCGGCGGCGGAGGCGGCGGCGGUUCGCGCCGCCGCCGCCGCGGGCGGGACGCCCAUCUCCGAGGCGUUCGCGAGGGACGACGACGCGCGAUUGCGGGAGAGAGAGGAGGUGCUGCGGGCGAGGGAGAACGACGAGGUCGUCGCGAAGACGAUGAUCAUGAGGAAGCCCGGCGAGGAGGAGGACGGCGGAGGGAAGGGUGGCGAGAGAUAG